AUGGUUUAUUAUAUUAAGAUUUUAAAAACACUUGGCAGUGUCUGCCAGUUACAAAGGACUAACAUUUUGUUUUAUAUGAAAAGGGGAAUUUUCUUUUCACAAAGUAAGAAAUUGCCAGAGAAUACCACACUAACUGCUGCAUUGUAUGUGCCUGGGAAUAAGGCAACUAAUGUAGAUGGAUUUCUUUCACCCUAUUUGGACUUUUCUCAACAGUUUGAAAGCCUGAGUGACCUAGAAUUCAAUAUCAGACAACGUGGAUUAAGUAUAAAUGUUAGACAUAUUGUGAGCAAAUGGAAAGAGUGGAAGGAAUUGGAACAUCAACAACAACAACUUGAAGAGAAGAGGGAAAUCAUAGCUAAGAAAAUAAAAACAUUGAAAAAUAAGUCAGGCAGUAAAGAGAUGGUGAGUGAAUUAAAACAGUGUGGGAAGAAGAUUCGAGAACAGGUAAAAGACCUGUCUGCACACAUAUGGGAUCUGGAAGAGACAGCAGUGAUUGCAGCUCUACAGCUUCCAAAUUAUCUUCAUCACACCACUGGCCUUGAUAAUAAACAAAUUUUUAACUUGUCUGAUAAGCCCUCUUUCACAUAUCAACCCAAGGACCAUGUUCAGUUAGGAGAGAGUGCUGGAGAAUUAGUGUUUUUGAAUAAUUCACCCACUGCUUAUUAUCUUAAAAAUGGUUUGGCCAUACUUGAACUUGCAUGUAGUGAAUAUUUCUUAUCAAGGUUUAAAGUUCUUGGGUAUAUGCAUCAGUCAAAUCCAGAUUUUGUAAAAGCUAUUGUUGUAGAGGGUUGUGGUGUUCAAUAUGUUGACAGACACAAGUUCAAUAAAGUUGUUUCUCAGGAGGCAGACUUAGAUAAAAAUUCAUUGCACCUUGUAGGAGGUGGAUCUUUAGCAGCAUUUUCUGCUUGUUUUGCAAAACAACUUUUAGAAAAACCAGAAUAUCUCCCACAAAAAUUAAUUACUGUUGGUCGUAAUUAUUCUCCAUCCAAUUCUAAGUUCCCAGGUCUACUUGGCUGCAGGCAGUCUACAGUUGUUGAUGUUUUCAUUGUUCAUGAAUGUAAUCCAGUACAGGAAAUGCAAUUGUUAGAUGAGAUAUUGCUUACAUUGAUACAGAGUUAUAUAGAACUUGGGCUUCAUUUUAAAGUAAUUCAGUAUUCUGCCCAGCACCUAGACAGUCAUGAGGCAGCUGCUGUUGGGGUUCAUAUAUUUUCUGUAAGUACAGGAAAAUACCACGAGGUUGGACGAAUUUCUUUAUGUAGUGAUUAUAUCAGCAAAAGACUGUGGACUCUCUGUAAAUCCAGUGGCAGGCCAGCAAGUUUUUUGUCCAUGAUACACGUUAGAACUUGUCAUGUUGCUCGUCUGCUAGGCCUCUUAAUGGAAAACCAGCAGCAGGAAGAUGGUACUUAUAAUAUUCCUGCAUGUUUAAAGUCCAUUAUGAAUAUAUUUUAG